GUUUGAUAACAAACCGGUUUCCGAAGGUUUCGAUUUCGCUGAUGGGACGAGCGAGCAAUUCAAAGCGGCAAUCGUCAACAUUUUAGAAAUGUCCUUGAAUAAUGACACUUAACAUCUAGAAUCUUGGAGAUUAUCUCUCGAUAAUCCACAUUAGGAGAGGCUGUCGCUCUUUGAUUGGAGGAAAAACUCGAAAAAACCCAGUUCCUUAUUUUCCUCGUACGAGCACUCGUCGAGGUCGAGAGGUAAUCGCAGCCAAGUAUGACGUAGGAAUAAUGAGCACGUUACGUUGCAUUGACAGAAGCGUGACUCAUGCUAAACAAACCUUAAGAACGAACAUACAACAAGUGUUUCAUAAGCAGUCACGGAACCUCAGAAGCCGAGUUAACAACGAAACGAGCAAGACAUAUAGUGAACAGUAAAAAUAUGCCUGACAUUGUGAGGCUGAGAGGGUUCUCGACGCUGAGUGACGGAAUAGCUCUCGAGUUCGUCGAACCCGUGCCGACGCAGAUCAGAUGUUCCACCUGUGGGGACAUCGUUGGAAUAUUAUGGAGGUCCAAAUGCCAGCACGGCUUUUGUACUCGGUGCCUGGAGAAUUUACUGGGACAGGGGAGCAAGUCCAUCUGUCCCGUCGAUGCAGCCGACAUACGCAGAAACGAGCUUACAGAAGACACAUCAGUGCAACAGGCCGCUGCACCGCUUCAGGUUCACUGUCUCAACAAGGAAACGGGCUGCGGAGAAGUGUUACAAAUAGGCACGUUAAACGAACACCUCCAAAAUUGUACAGUUCAGUCCGAAGUUCCAGCCAGACCACCGAGACGUUUGGACCAGUCGACUCCAAGCACUUCAACGGCACAGGAACCGGAAGAAGAGGUUUCUUGUUGUCGCGCGAUGCAGCCUACGACAGCGUGUUGGAUGUCUUCGCUCGGAUGCUCCUUUCAAGGUCCUCGAGCUGAACUGGAAAAUCACGAAAGCGACUGGGAGUCACACCGGCAGCUCAUCGUAACCAGGAUGUCGGAGUACAGGCGGAAUAUGGAGGACAUACUGGCUGAACGUGACUUGUUGCGGAACCAACUGAACGAAGCUCACGGGACAGUCAAAGAACUGAAGACAAACUUUGAACGACACCUGCAAGAAUGCUCAGCAAGAGAUGACAUGCUCCUGCUUCAGCUUCGAGACAUGAGCGUUCGUGUCACCAAUGUGGAACAAGAUAAUUCUUCCAGACGACCGUUUCAGGACCUACGAGGCGGACCCGACGGCGACAUGUCGGCAAACUUCAACGCUGCAGCAAACCUUCCUACUGCUCCUUCAGAAUCCCAGUUUGGAUCCAUGCUAAGUGGGUUUACCAUGAGUAACAGCUCCGUGGUUGUGACCGGACACGCGGAUGAUGUCGUCUGCCCCGACGGAGUGUUUCACUGGCGCCUGUCUGAAUACGGUCGGGCAAAACGUCGUGAACGCCACGCCCCCAAGAAGUACACUUCCAGUCCUAGUUUCUACACCGGUACGCCGGGGUACCACCUCAAGCUCCGCCUCUUCCUCAAUGGCAUCGGCCAAUCACGACGUGGGAAAUUCAUGGCAGUCAAUUUGGUGCUCAUGCAAGGCCGGCAUGACGCAGAAGUGCAGUGGCCAUUUCGACAAAAGGUGACUGUCAUGUUGCUCGACCAGUCACCAGGCGGUCAACACGUCUCGUAUACCAUCAACGAUCCUGGAUUUCCUCGUCCGCAGACGGAUUACACCAUCCCUUACGUCUGGCAAGAAUUUAUUGCCAUCGAUGAACUUGAGAGAAAUGGAAAGUACUUGUGCAGCGACAGUAUCUGUUUCAAAGUUAUCAUUGAACCAGUUGGGGGAGUGUACCCCAGCCUGCUCGGUUAAGAAGUGUUCUAAAAAAUUCUCGAACCAAAUACUCAAUUUUCACCCAAGUGUUACUGCACUAAAUUUAAUGCCACAGAUACUUGAUUGGCUGCAGUAUGGAAGAUAAUCAGCAACAAAAGGAACAUGAGACAAUGUGCAUACCUCACUGUGCAUUCAGCUGUCUUGCUAUUUUGAUUUUAUCACUGAUUGUUUCCUAUAGUGCAGCCAGUUAAUACCUGCAAGGGAAGUACUACAUGACUACUAUGUAUUAGCAUAUGCAAUAGCAGAGAGAAUACAUGGAUAAAAAAGCAACAGUACAUGCGCAGGUAUCAGUGGCAUAUGGGUAUCAGUUUUUUUUUUUUUUUUUCUUGGGGUGGGCUUUCUCAAACCUUGAGACUGUACUUAUAAUGAAAUUGUGCAACUCAUGUAAUGUGUGUGUGCAAGGGUCAAUAAACACCUUGCAACCUCAAGUAUGUCUAAAAGACAAAAAACACUUAUCAGUUGUACUGAAGAACAGUUGCCAUGUUAACAGGCAAGAACUGGCUCAGACUUUAAUGAUGGCUUCUAUUUUUAUUUCAUUUAAUUUUUAUUUAAUGCCAUUUUUAUUCAAAUAAAUUUUUAUUUUACUUUUACUGAAGAACCGUUGAAUCGUUAGCAGGCAAGAGCUGAAUUCCAGAGACCAACUCUCAGACUUUGAUGAUGGCUUUUAUUAAUUUAUGUGACACCAGUAGAGAAAUAACAGACUGCCCAGCAGGAUAAAGGACCUCCCACCAUGCAAGGAAGACCUAAUGCCCGUGCCGGUCCUUUUUCCAUGAUUUGGUCUUCGCACCCACAGCUCCGUUUGCCUAUGUACACGUGCACCACGGACAAAACUAGACACUUCUUUUCACAUAGAAAAAUAACACGGCACUAACUCUUUUUGCUCGUACAAUGAUCGCUUCGAAAAUGAAGCGAGGAGAAAAAAAUUCGUUAAUCUCGCGCUCCGGCAACGAAUGGAGCAGUUUGGCCGCCAAGCGGGAACAUUGCACCAGAGGAGGUCUGCUUCAUAGAGAUCAUUCAAAACUAGUAACAAACAUAAAUGUAACGUGAAAAAAAAAAAAGAAAA